AUGGGCGAGGCGUCGACGUCGAUGACGGACGCGCGCGCGGGGGACGAACGGGGACGACGGGCGACGGGGAGGGCGUCGAACGCGCGCAUGGGCUCGGGACGAUGGAGACACGGCGCGAGGACGGCGCUGGGAGCGCUCGCGAGCGCGUCGGUGACGAUGUUCUCGGGUGGUUCGGCGAUGAUGGCGGUGCUGACGGUGGGGGGGGCGACGACGUACGUUCUGGACGUGUCGGAGAGCGCGGAGGGGGCGCUGGGGACGAUUUGGCUCACCGCGGCGUGCGCGUGCGGGACGCUGGGGGCGAACGGGAGUUGGAUCGGCGCGACGUCGUUCGCGUCCUCUGUGGGGUUGUUCGUGGCGAACACGGCGAGUUUAGUGACGUUUUGUUUGUGGUGCACGAUGCACUUUCGAUGGAUCGUGAUCGAACAUCCGGGAACGGCGGCGGCGUGCGAGCGCGCGCUCUUCGCGCUGUGUCCGCCGGUAACGGGGGCGGUGCUCACGUGGGCGUUCGCAUCCACCAGCGCCGGGGCGGAGGGGGCGGCCUUCUACGGUGUAGUGGUGUGUCUGAUCGCGCACAGGUUGUUUUUGUUUCCCAUCGAGUCCGGAUGCGCGCUCGCCGCAACCGACGGUCAAGCGAAGACGGAGCGCAGGCGAAGCAUCUUGACCGAAGACGACGCAAAGAUCUCCACCGUGGUGACGCUGACGCUUCCGGUGUUGGCGUAUCUAUGGACAACCAUCGAUAUUCUCUUUGAAUCGAUCGAUCACGCGUUUGCGUGCAUCGCACUCGUGACGAUUCCGGUGCUAUAUUUAAUCGGUACGGGCACCAGGCGAUCGUUGUGGUGGUGGCGACGAGCUCAGGAGCCGGAGAUGAAGAAGACUGAAAUGUUCGUUCUUCUCCUGGCUCUCAUGGGAUUCGCCGUGAGCUUAGAGGGUACAUUGGUAUUCGGCGAGUUCGGCGAGUAUAUCGAGUUACCGGCCCCUUUGAAGUACAUUAUGGUUGCAGUCUCGGUGAACUGCGCUCUGGUGGUGUUCGUCGUGUGCAACACUAAUUCUAUCGGCGAAAUGGUGCCGCUGAGUGCGGUACAGGUCGUGUUGGCGGUAGCGACGACGACUGCAAUCUGUGCAAUGGGUGCGCCGAUUUGGAUGCUUCCCGUUCCCGUCGCUGGAUCUCGGGCGUUCAUGAAGUAUCAUUACGAGGACGGAUCGCCAACGGAUUAUGGUACCUUCGCUGUGAGUUGCGUCGGGUGCUUUGUAUGGUUUCUUGCGAAGAACUUUUGGAGUUUAGAUGUCGAAGUAGGUUCUAUUCAUAUAACGUCGCUGUGUUACGCCGUUUUAGCACUCGCUGUGAUGGCGUUGGGAUUACCCUUCGCCCUGAGCACGAAGAGUUUCAGCCACACUGGAGUCGGUUCUCUCGUCGUGGGAUACGUCGUGGCACUCGCAGUCGUGGAACAAAUUCUUGUUCAAGUGACACACGAGGACGGUUCACUGAUUUAUCCACCGUAUCUAGUCAUAUCAACAUCUGUUUGCGGCGUGUUGGCGAGUAAAAGCCUCGUCAUUAGCGGUCGCAUGAGCCGAAAAUUUGGGUGGAUGGUUCAGAGUUCGAGCGCCGCAAAGUUAUCAAUGCUCUUCGUUCAUGGCCCGAUGGAGAUGUUCAGCGUUCUCAUCGUGGUUCUAACGAUCAGCGCCCCGCACAUACUCGUGCAUCGCACAAAGUCUCUGAGUGCGGGAGAUUGCAUAAACUAUUGCGUGAUAUUGGUGGUCUCUUUGCUGUUUGCACGGUUUGCGAUGUUCGAAAUAAUUUUUGAAAUCACUGGUCACCGGCCGACUGAUGCGACGCUCUUCGGCGGACUCCUCCUCAUCACCGGGGCGAGUUUGGCGCGCCUAUCGACGCAUCAUAACUUUCGCGACGAUGAUAUCGGUAGGCGCUUUCUCGUGAUGAUCAUCUUUUUCGGCUGCUUCCUGGUCACUUUUCGACCUCCCAUGCCUUGGAAGGGCGAGGUGGGCAUGUGGUACGACGCCGCUCACGUACCCGAUUCCGAAGAAGACGAUGCGAGACUGUACGGUAUCAGAAAGGGUAAGCAUCACGGUUGGCCGAGCUGGUUGUUGAUGCUAGCCGCGCUCACGGCUAUGUUCUCGGUAUCAUCCCCGCGCAAACAAACCAAAGCAGUGUCAACAAUUCGCAUAAUAUUUGGCGCUGUUUGCGGCGGAAGCGUCGGGCUAUACAUGGCGCUAGAAUACUUCGCCGAGCAAUGGGCGUUGGAUGUAUUCUUGUUUAUGGCGUGUGCUUUGGUCGGAGUGUUUUUAUCGUUCGCGUACACCCCUUCGGCGACGUCUUCACGUUGGCUCCCAUACGUGUACACGGCUUACGUCUGUGCGUUGAGCUGUGCGUUUGUCACGCAGACGGGCGGCUCGACCGUCGAAGAACGAGAGCAAAGACUUGAUGGAAAGUAUGGUGUUAUUAGUGUUUUCGCCGGGGCGUCGCUUCAAAUCGCGUUCGCGCUCAAGUUCCAGGUAUACUCGAGCUUGGAGAGCACUCGACAGCGCCAGCGGCGCAGGAGCCGUGCGUCGCCGUUUCUCCCCGCCACGGGCAGAAGCCGCCCUGAAUAUUUCCGUGGCGUCGCGAGCAGGAAUGAACAUAGGGAGCUCAAAGUACGAUCGCUGGCGUGGAUGCCAAUUAUCGGGAACAUCGCCACACUCACCUCUUUUGCCGCUUGCGUGGUGCUCGCCGAUGAGCUGACAGGAGCUUCAAUUUUUUCAGUCUUUGUGCUAGCUCCCAUUCUGCUUCUCCUGCAUCAAGACUCGGUGAUGUUCCCGACGUUGGACGAACAUCAAAGGUACGCUCCACCGAUGGCCGUGAUCGUGGGCAAGCUAUGCUACGACGGCGUGCUCGCCGUGCUCGCCGGUCCGAAUAAAGUUCACGUCCUCACCGCCUCUGCGUCCAAGCUCCCUUGGAUGAUGGUCAACGCGACGAGUCUAUUCCUCGCCUCGAUGAGCAGCAUGAACCUCAUUCACUACCUCGCCACGAGCGUUCGAACGUCUGGAAUGACGCUCGUCCUCACGGCGCCGCUCGCCGUGGUUCCUCCGUUUCUCUCAAAGCUCUCCGCCGUGCGCGCGUUGUCCGCGGUCAGCGUCCUCGCUCUCGUUCUCCAGGACUUCCUUCAACGCCGGGCGAAGAUCGCCGGGUUAAAGUAUUUGUAA